GCUCCAAACACACCUUUUGCUUCAACUCACCAGAAGCGUGUAAUUCGAAGCUCUUCGACAGACGGUUUCAGUCACAAUCGUGGUCGAAAUCACGCUUUCAAAUUAUACGCGAUACCAGCAGUGAAAACUUAGUGCUUUCAGGCUGAUUUUUUUUCUUUUUUGAAAAUUUUGAAAUCAUGGCUGCUGUGGCUGCUGCUCAGAAAAAUCGCGAAAUGUUCGCGAUCAAAAAGUCCUACAGCAUCGAGAACGGUUAUCCAGCCCGUCGUCGCUCCCUCGUCGACGACGCCAGAUUCGAGACUUUGGUGGUGAAACAAACCAAGCAAUCGGUUUUGGACGAAGCGCGCCAAAGGGCCAAUGAUUCUAGCGUUGAUCCUGAAAUUGAAGCGACUCAAAAGACCCUUGAAGGCGGCGAAGAAGAUUCUGGACUGACUGAAGAGGAAGUCGUCCUUUCUAAUGCCAUUUCUGAAGGACCCGAAGCUGAGAAAGCUUUGCAACGAGCCGCUUUAAUCCUGCGUCUACGCGAAGGAAUGAAUUCCUUGUCUCGAGUCCUCAAGAGUGUUGAGAAACACCAAGGAGUGGUGUGUCAUUUGGAGACGAGGCCCAAUCAAAGCGAUAACAACCAGCUGGAUGCUCUUGUUAAGGUGGAAAUGACGCGAGUUAGUCUUUUGCAACUGAUCAAGUCGUUGAGACAAUCCAAUUCUCUUGAACAUGUUACUCUCAUUGGGGAGGAUAAUAUUUCGGUGAAGAAUCCAUGGUUCCCGAGACAUGCCAGUGAUUUGGAUAAUUGCAACCAUUUGAUGACGAAAUAUGAACCAGAUUUGGAUAUGAACCAUCCCGGAUUUGCCGAUAAGGAGUAUCGCCAGCGGCGCAAGGAAAUUGCUGAGAUCGCCUUCGCCUACAAAUAUGGAGACCCCAUCCCCUUCAUCCAGUACGCCGAGACCGAGACAAAGACCUGGGGCUCCGUGUUCAACACCGUCCUUGAGUUGAUGCCCAAACACGCUUGCAGCGAAUACUGUCGCGUGUUUAAAAUGCUCCAGGAAGAGGGCAUUUUUACCCCGGAUCGCAUUCCUCAACUGGAAGAAAUGUCGAAUUUUUUGAAGCGCCACACCGGUUUUUCGUUGCGUCCAGCAGCCGGUUUGCUCACAGCUCGCGAUUUCCUUGCUUCUCUCGCAUUCCGCAUUUUCCAGAGCACCCAGUACGUCCGUCACAAGAACACCCCUUACCACACACCCGAACCGGAUUGCAUUCAUGAGCUUUUGGGACACAUGCCGCUGCUUGCCGAUCCCAGCUUUGCGCAGUUCUCGCAGGAAAUUGGACUGGCUUCUCUCGGAGCCUCCGAUGCUGAAAUUGAAAAAUUAUCAACGGUAAGUGGAAUUUUACUAAAUGCAGAAGAUUGCAGUCGGGUUUUGCGUGUCAUGGUCAAGUCUAGAUACGCGUGACCGGUAAAUGAAAAGGUUCUAGUGUA